AUGGCGGCGCAGAGAGCUCUAUCUUCGCGCAAGAACUUCGGAAGAGUCGUCGAUCUUGUCGAACCAGAUGAGAUUCUCAAGAUCUGGUUCCAAGUGGAGGCCCAUCUGAACAACCUGAUCAUCCUUGAAUCGGAACUCGGCCUUCAAUUCGUCCUGGUCAGCGUCAUCAUCGUGGUCAACCAGUCUGGCGAUGUAGUGUGUUUGGCUGUGAAUGUGUUCAAAUGA